UCAGCAAUGAAGAUGUUUGGCAUUAUCCUGAUUGUUAUCUUCUCUGUGUCCUGUGGUCCUUCUGCUCCUCAGAUGAAAACAAGAAAUGUUGCAGAAAGAGCACACAAAUGUUUCCUGGUCCAUGGUACGUGCAAAUCUUCAUGCAGCAAUUUGGAGUAUGAAUAUAUUUAUUGUAACACUGGGCCCUGCUGUGUUACACGAGAUUAUCAAAGAAUGGUGAGAUUCUUCAAUACUCCCAAAUAUACAACUUAA